UUUCAAUUCCGUGUGCUUUCAAUAGGAAAGAAAAAUCAAAACCAAAACAAGUGUUCCAAUGGUUUCCACUUUCCAACCAAAUCAUCAUCACUCUCUUUCUUUUUGUCUCUCCCUUUUAUUCACUAACAACAAUUCCCAACCAAACCUAAAAAUCACGCCACCAAAAUUCCUCAGAUCCUCUUCUUCUCUUACUCAUUAAAAAAAUGGCCUUAUAGUAGUAACCAUAAUUUGUUCAACCAUUUUCAUUUUCAUUUUUCCAAUGGAAGAAGUGAAACAAAACAUGUUAUUUGGAAAGUACGAGGUGGGAAGAGUACUAGGUAAAGGAACAUUUGCAAAAGUGUUCUAUGCCAAAGAAAUCACCACGGGUGAAGGAGUAGCAAUUAAGGUUAUAGAGAAAGAAAAAGUGAGAAAAGAAGGCAUGAUGGAACAAAUCAAACGUGAAAUCUCCGUCAUGAGUUUAGUAAAACAUCCAAACAUCGUCAACCUUAAAGAAGUCAUGGCAACAAAGACAAAGAUCUUGUUCGUGAUGGAGUAUGCUCGAGGUGGCGAAUUAUUCGACAAACUCGCCAAAGGGAAAUUCAAAGAAGAAAACGCGAGAAAAUACUUUCAACAACUUAUUAGCGCGGUUGAUUAUUGUCAUAGUCGCGGCGUCUCACACCGCGACUUAAAACCAGAGAACCUUUUACUCGACGAAAACGAGAAUCUUAAGGUCUCUGAUUUUGGUCUCUCGGCGUUGCCUGAACAGGAACGCCAAGACGGACUUUUACAUACUCAAUGUGGGACUCCGGCGUACGUUGCGCCGGAGGUUGUUAGGAAAAAAGGUUAUAACGGUUUUAAAGCCGAUACUUGGUCAUGCGGUGUUAUUCUUUAUGCUUUACUUGCUGGUUUUUUACCUUUUCAACAUGAGAAUUUAAUUUCCAUGUAUAAUAAGGUUUUCAAAGAAGAAUAUCAAUUUCCACCAUGGUUUUCAUCUGAUGCAAAGAGGUUAAUCUCGAAGAUUCUCGUGGCGAAUCCGGAAAGAAGAAUCAAUAUUCCUUCGAUCAUGAACUCUCCAUGGUUUCGAAAAGGUUUGAAUUUCAAUAGUACUUCAAAUGAUGAUUUGGAUUUGGAAUUGGAUAUAGAAUCAAAGGUUAAUUUGAUUGAUUCUUCCUCACCUGAAUUCUUCAAUGCUUUUGAGUUUAUUUCAACUAUGUCUUCUGGUUUCGAUCUUUCGGGUUUGUUCGAGGAAAAGAAAAAAAGAGGUUCGGUUUUUACUUCAAAGUGUUCGAUUUUAGAGAUUGUGACAAAAAUCGAAACCGCUGCGAAAAGUUUAAGGUUUAAGGUUAAGAAAAUGAAGGAAUUUAAAUUGAGGUUACAAGGGAAUGUUGAGGGGAGAAAAGGAAAGUUGGCCGUUACGGCGGAGAUAUAUGAGGUGGCGCCGGAGCUUGCGGUGGUUGAAUUUUCGAAAUGUUCCGGUGAUACUUUGGAAUAUGUGAAGUUGUUUGAAGAUGAGGUAAGGCCUGCUCUCAAGGACAUUGUUUGGUCGUGGCAAGGGGAGUGAUGCCACGUGUAAGGGUAACAUGGUCCAAUCAAUGUCAUGCCUAAGAUUCUUUGAAUUUUAGGUGUAUAAAAUAUAUUAAUCAUAUGUGAAAUUUGUGUAUAAUAUUAAUGUGGUGUAUAAUAUAUAUGAGAGAGUUUGGGGCUACUCUUUAAGCUAUAGUAACAAAUUUUUGUUUUUUGUAUUUGAUUUUGGCCUCUUUAUUAUUUUAUAUAAGUAGCUUUGAAUCUUAUGUAGAUUUAGAUGGUAUAUGAUUUUGGUGAGACUGUACAUACUCUACAAAUGUAAUAAUUAGAUUAAAUUAGAUUUAGAAUUGCAAAUUAA